UGCUUCUGCCUUUUCUGCCAAAAGGCAGAGGAUACGGGUCCCCUCCACUCCGCUUGGCUUCCCCUCCCCCCGUGACUCCGCGACGGAGAAGACAAACGAUGACGCCUCCCGGCCAACUGCUCCCCUUGACCCGCACGCUUCUACCCCCUCCUGCACCUCCCAUCCUCCCCCGCCGCCGCAGCGGGUGCCCGUCUGCGGCGCACGCCCGAGCCCCGCCUCCGCUUCCAUGGCGACCUCACCGCGGCUGCCUCCUGCCACCUGCUCCUCUUCAGCUGUUCCGGGCUCCGACCAGGCCCGCUCCCGCCCCGGCGCCUCCCGGGGCUUCGGCAGCUGGCGGAGGCGAGGCUCAGGCUGCUGCGGCGGCGGAGUUCGUGACGUCUGAGAGGGUGAAGGUGGCGGCGAUGCUGGGGCUGGCCCUUGCGCUCUGCAACGCCGACCGCGUCGUCAUGUCCGUCGCCAUCGUGCCGCUCUCCCAGGCGUACGGAUGGACCACUUCAUUUGGAGGCAUCGUGCAGUCAUCCUUCCUUUGGGGAUAUCUGAUGUCGCCGAUAAUUGGUGGAGCGCUUGUCGACUACUACGGUGGAAAGCGAGUCAUGGCUUAUGGUGUAGCCUUAUGGUCCUUGGCCACAUUCCUGUCUCCUUGGGCAGCUGGUCGCUCUAUCUGGUUGUUCCUCUUUACUAGAGUUCUGCUGGGUAUUGCAGAAGGAGUGGCACUCCCAAGCAUGAACAACAUGGUGUUGAGGUGGUUUCCUCGCACGGAGCGAUCUAGUGCUGUGGCUAUUGCAAUGGCUGGCUUUCAGCUUGGCAAUACCAUUGGGUUACUUCUUUCCCCAAUUAUCAUGUCACGAACUGGAAUUUUUGGACCCUUUGUGAUAUUUGGAUUAUUCGGAUUUCUGUGGGUGUUGGUAUGGAUACCGGCUAUAUCUGGCACACCUGGUGAACAUGCACAGAUAUCAGCAUAUGAACUAGAGUAUAUAACCAAGGGUCAGAAAUUGGUGAAACCUCAAAUUGGAAAUGAAAAACAAAUAAAAGUUCCCCCUUUCAGCAAAUUACUUUCCAAAUGGCCAACAUGGGCUUUGAUUUGUGCAAAUGCCAUGCAUAGUUGGGGUUAUUUCGUCAUCCUUUCAUGGAUGCCAGUCUAUUUCAAGACAAUAUAUCAUGUUAAUCUGAGAGAAGCUGCAUGGUUCAGUGCAGUCCCCUGGGUGAUGAUGGCAGUUUUAGGCUAUGUGGCUGGUGUUGUCUCGGACAUGCUUAUUAGAAAUGGUACAAGCAUUACUUUAACACGGAAGAUAAUGCAGUCAAUUGGCUUUCUGGGUCCUGGUAUUGCUCUUCUUGGUCUGAAUGCAGCAAAGAGUCCAAUCACUGCUUCAGCUUGGCUUACAAUUGCUGUUGGAUUGAAAUCCUUCGGCCACUCAGGUUUCUUAGUAAAUUUACAGGAGAUUGCUCCACAGUAUGCCGGUGUGCUACAUGGAAUGUCAAAUACAGCUGGAACAUUUGCUGCCAUUUUAGGAACUGUUGGAGCAGGGUUUUUUGUUGAUCGGAUGGGUUCUUUCCGUGGAUUUUUGAUAUUGACAUCGCUUCUAUACUUCAGUAGUGCUAUUUUCUGGGAUAUCUUUGCUACUGGAGAGCGUGUUGAUUUUGAUGGCACUGGCUAGCACCUUGGAGGAACUCUGCAGUUUCUAUCCUCAAAAUACAAAAUGAUGAUUCAGGACAGUGUUUUACCGUGCUCUCUGAGAAACCAUCAGAAAGUUCUAUGCAGCUGAAGAUGAACAGCUUUUGUAUGCAGUGAGUUUUUCUUGAAAGUAGAAUACCAGUGAUGGACAAACAGAAUGGAACCGGCUUUGACGGUCAUGUUAGCUUUUUUUGGAGGGCAAGUCUGAAAUGUGAAUGUUACGAGUCAAUGAAACCUGAAGAUGUAAUAGAGAAUAAAUAGCAGGGUAGGAGGAGCCCAACCAUGCGUGGCACCGAAAGUAGUAGAGAAUUGAAAUUGAUUUGCAGGCUAGUUGGAAGCUGGGAAUCCAGCAUGGGUUAAGAGAACAGGAGUUUGAAAACACAGAACUUCUUAGGUGUAGACACCACGAAAUAAGUUGUGGGCUUUUAAAAUCAUUUUGACUUGUGUGGUGUUUUUUGGGGCAAUUCUCCUUCUUGUAAGUAUAAAAUGCAGGCAGGGAAACAGUACUCGUCAACAGGGAACAUAGAAGGAUAUGUACAUUGAUGAAAAAUAUGUAAAAUUCCAAUGUAAAGCUGUUCAGUAUUGAGAUUAUCAGCACA